AUGCGCAACGUUUCCAGCGACUUCAAAACGUGUAUUGUGAAGUACGCGCAGAAGCAGAUUCUGGACGAGCUGCGGGUUGAUGGCAUGAGAAACAGAUUUGAAGAGGUCGAAAAGGCACACGAGAGCUCCUUUGCUUGGAUUCUGGACCCUGAUUCGCCCCUUCAAGAGAACGAAUUCUUCGGUUCAGAGGCGCGUCAGCAGCUUGUGAUCUGGUCUCUCCACGGGCACGGCAUCUUCUACAUCUCUGGGAAGCCAGGAUCAGGCAAAUCCACCCUUAUGAGAUAUCUUUGCCAAAGCUCAAAGAUGAAAAGGCAUCUACGUGCUUGGGCGGGUGAAAGGGCCUUGUUGAUGGCGAAUUUCUUCUUCUGGCAGCUCGGAACGGAUAUGCAAAAGUCACUUGAUGGCAUGCGCCGUACACUGCUGUUUUCGGUUUUGGAAGAAGUGCCGACACUAAUACAGACCAGUUAUCCAAAGAUCCGGCUUCAAGACAUCACAACUCACAACAUCAGCAGCUGCAUUGAGCAAGAACUACUAGAAAACGAGGAGUUUUUGGGUUAUUCGGAAAAAAGCCCCAAGAUACUGGAACUGGUAAAACACAUCACAGAAAAGGCCGAGGGAUCGUUCUUGUGGGUCAAGAUCGUGCUUCGACGGCUGAAAUGGAGCAUUCUUUCUGGAGACCAAUUAGAAGAUACUCAGAAGAGAGUUGACGCCCUCCCGAACGAACUCGAAGAUCUGUACCAAUCAAUAUUCGACUCCAUGGGAACUGAAAGCCACAGCAAUCUCGACAGAAUGAGGGCAAUGCGAUCACUUUUGACUGUCUUCCAUUGCAAGAGGGAACCAGACGAUCACCACCCUCCGUGGCUAUUGAUCUCCUAUUCGUUUCUCAACGACUACGAACACGAUCAACACUUUUCACUGAAGCUUCUGAUUCAACCGAUGCAUCAAACUGUUUUAAACGAGAGGCUAGGAUGUGCUCGCCGAUUGGUCUAUCAAAGGUGCAUGGGAAUGCUGGAGACAUUUACCCUAAGCACAGACGAUAAGCCGCGUUAUUCACCAGCUGGGCUCGACAUAAAAGCGGUAAAGAAGCAUUCGAAAUUGGAAUUUAGACUAGGAUAUCCGAAAAAAGAGGUUCAUUUGGAGCCCGCAAAGAGCAGGAACGACAGCGAUGAUGGUGUCUAUGGCUUCGUUGAUGAUUAUUACACCAGUGAUUCCCCCGAUGACGAUGACGAAGACGUUAUUGAGGCUAAGAACGACGGAGACAACGCCAAUCAUCUGCAUAGGAACGCAAAAUAUAAGGAUGAGAGGAAAAUCAACAACCAAUUCCCAUCUCAUAAGGGAAUCAGAUGCGUUCACAAGACCGUUUACGAGUUCCUUGCUCAACCCCAGAUUGAGACGAUAAUGCGCGCCGAAUCGAUGGGUUUCAACGAAGUGGACUUCAAGCUCCAAGCAUUUCUCGCAACAAUGAAAAUCUUUCGUCCAAGCGUUCAUUAUGCGAGGAGGCGUUUUCUCUUCGACUUUGAAUCACUGGUCACCCACUACCAUUCUAUGCUGAACCAAGUGUCCGAGGUCCGUUUCCUGGCGUUUUUGGAGGAACUAGCUCGUGUUCUGGAACAUCAUGGAGCUGUCGUUGAACAUAUGUGGUCUCGCUUUAUGGGUGGUGGCCUGACAAGAACGGUGCACCAGGCUUGUCGUCCAGCUUACAGUGAGUUGGUUCUACUAGCUGCAAAGAUAGGCAUCUCUAAAGGACUUUGUUCUCUGAGCGGAAUGCAACUCGCUCGCCGACUCCAACAAAACUUGAAGAGCAACGACCCGGAUGUUGUUCUUGAUACAUACUUUGAGGGUGCAUUUGACUAUUUCGACAUAGACAAAAAUCAUGACAAGAUGGAAAGAAGAGCGUAUAAAGCGAGGAUUUAUCAGGAACUCGCUGCAUACUUUGAAGCUGGAGUUUCGCCCAACGCCAGAUUUAACCACGUAAUACGCGGAUGGAAAGAAACGUACAAAAUGACUCUGACCUGUUGGCACAUGUGGUUGAGGAGGAUUUUGGGUCAUGAAGACGAUGCAGAUCUUGCCGAGUCUUUCAUCAAACUAUUCCUUCUGCACGGAGCCGACGAAAAUAUUUGGGUUCGAGUCGACGAGGAGUGGUGCAGUCUGUGGUGGCCGGCAUCGGCGGGUUGGGUGGACAUCUGUGCUACAAGAAGAUAUGACGAGGACGAGGAUGUCUCAGCUGAGAAUGCCUCAUUAGUGUACCAUUUUGUCAAGAAGUACGAGGGUGGAUUUCCUACCGAGCCGCGUGGGAAGUUUCUCCUGGAAUUAUUUCCGCAAGGCGGCCCCGAAAUGAAGCGCUUGGCAGAUCGGAACUUGGGUUCACAACAAAUGACGGAGCCAUCCUUCAUGAUGGAUGAUAUUUGGUGA